CCUGCAGCAACUGGAUGUAUGUCCUGCCCCUUGCCCUCUCCUGCUGCUGUCUGGCUUGGGGGCCAGCUGUUGCAGGGCUCGAUUCCAGCUCUUCUCUGAUGGGUACUGCCAGCUGGCCAUGACACCAGCCAGGCAAGGUGGCAGCCUGGCGUAACGAGCACAGGGGCGGUGCUGUGCGCCUCUGGUAACAGCCCAGCAGAUUCCCCACCCAGCAGGCCUGAGCCUGUGCUUCUGCCCGCCUGGGGGGCCACAGCGUCAUGCUGGAGAGGACCAGACGGACCUUCGCUGUCAACCCAGCCUGGGCAGCGGGAUGGCGGCAGGGCUCAGCAGCGGCUGUGCAAUUCCCUGGCAAGGGCCGAGCCAGGGCAGACUCAGCCCCGGGCCAGCUGCCGUGUCCGGUCCAGACUUCGGGGGCCCAGACAGCUCGUGUGACAGUAUGAGGAUGCCUUCACUGCACAGAAUUUGCAAAACUGGACCCUGCCCAAGCUCUACAAGGAGCACCCCUCUGCCCGGGAAGGCUACACCCAAUUUGUAGCCAAUGACCGAGGACACCUGCUCCCUGCAGUGCCACGUUCAAAGGCUUCCCCCUGGGGAACAUUUAUGGGAACCUGGGAGAUGCCACUGAAGAUCCCCCCAACCAAACUGAACCUGACCUCUCGCUCGGCUGCCGCAGCCUCGCACCUCACCAACUGGAUCCACAAGUCCACCGCACUGACCAGCGCCUGCAACGGCCUCCGCCCGCAGAUCACCGGCAAGCCCCAAGAGCCUGAAUCACACACACAGACCACAAAGGAGCUUUCCAAUAAGAACAGUCAGGCAUCUGGCAGAGGCUCCCAGGGCCCCAGGUCCUCAGCCAAAAUGCCCCCUGAAGAAGAGGCUUAUCGCAAAGGAUCCACCACCCCCAAGGUCCCACUGUCACGCCAGCCUGGCUGCAUGGACGUUCGAAUCAAAGGAGCUACCUCCCAAGAGAUCUCAGGUUCACACCAGCCAGGCUCAAAGGAGGCUUGGCACAGAGGAAGUGUGUCAUCUGAAGUCCCAUUGUCACGCCAGCCUGGCUGCAUGGAUGUUCGAAUCAAAGAGAUCUCUUCACCCAAAGUCCCAGCUUCCAACCGACCCCCUUCAAGGGAGGCUAAUCCCAGGCGAGCCAUCUCUGCCGAAGUCCCAGCUGGAAGUCGACCUGGGUCAAUGGAGGCUAAAGCCAAAGGAGUCAGCUCACCUGAGCUUGUGGCUUUAUGUUGUUCUGGGUCAAUAGAGGCCAAUCCCAGGGGAGCCAUCUCGCCUGAGGCCUUGGCAUCAGGCCGCCCUGGUUCAAAGGCUAGUGAAGCAGCUGAGACCCAGAAGAGGAUGUCAAGGAGGGUAGUGGAGGGGAACGGGAGCAUGUCGCCCAAGAUGGAAGGGUCAGCGAGACCCCAGUCCUGCCCUGAAGAAAGAUUUGGGCAAACAUUCAACUGAAGGUCAAAGCAAAUUCUAUGUCCGAGACACGAACGCUAAUGAGACCAAGGACAAACAUCUUGCUCAGCAUUUCAAGCCUUCUGGCCCUUUACUUUCUUCAGUUCUAGUCACCUCCAUCCCCAGGCUGGUGGUGUUUCCUUUCCCUCCAUCUAGCUGUAAAUCUCAACUUUUAA